AUGCGUCUGAAUUCUCCCGGUGUGGCUGUGAUGGCCUUCGCUGGCCUAGUCAUGUCUGCACGCCACCACCACCCGCGCGGAUUGAACACAGCAGUCAAUGAGAAAGGCAAGGAAUGGUUCGGCACUGCACUGACAGUCCGCAAAGACGAAGCCGAGCGCCGUCUACUCGACAAUACAGCGGAAUUUGGUUCUGUCACCCCGGAGAAUGCCAUGAAAUGGGAUUUGACAGAGCCCACUCAAAACCACUUCGAAUGGGAAGCCGCAGAUGCCGUGGUUGAUGUUGCCGUGGCAAAUGGGCAGCAAAUCCACUGCCACAACUUGGUCUGGCACAGCAGACUUCCCUGUUGGGUCGUGAACGGCAAAUGGGACAACGCGACUUUGAUCGGCGUUAUGACGAAUCAUAUUAAGAAUGUCGCUGGUAAAUACAAAGGCAAAUGUUCCCGAUGGGACGUUGUCAACGAGGCCAUUAAUGACAAUGGUACUUUUCGAGAUUCCGUCUGGUACCGAACUAUUGGAGAGGCGUUCAUCCCAAUUGCCUUUCGCGCUGCUGCCGAGGCGGAUCCAGGGGCUAAACUCUACUAUAACGAUUUUGACCUGGAGUAUGGCAACAAUAAGACCGAAGGCGCACGCCGGAUCGUGGAGCUAAUUCAGUCCUAUGGUGUUCAAAUCGAUGGUGUCGGCUUCCAGGCUCAUUUGUCCUCUGAAAUCACUGCCACUUCACCACGCACAGUUCCUUCCAAGGAAGAUUUGAUUAAUACCCUGGAGUCGUUUACCGGUCUCGGUGUCGAUGUGGCGUAUACUGAGCUUGAUAUCCGCAUGAAUCUACCGCCGACUGAAGAGAAGUUGAAGGUGCAGGCUGAUGACUGGGCCAAAGUGGUUGGUUCUUGCAUGGCGGUGGAUCGAUGCGUGGGGAUGACUGUUUGGGGAUUCUCCGACAAGUAUAAUUGGCUUCCUCAGUUCUAUCCGGGAGAAGGAGCUGCUGUCCUGUGGGAUGAAAAUUUCCAGAAGAAGCCAGCGUACGAAGCGGUCGUCGAUACGAUUAAUGCCGAGGCGUAG